AUGGCACCCCAAAGCGAUCUGGAGGACGUCGUCAACUUAGAAAUAAACACGUUCAUAGAUAUAUACUUUCAUCAAAAUAACGCGGAGGAGCACGCCGCCGCUCUUGAACUCCGUGAUGCUGUUCUUCGGCUACGCCGAGAUGGCGCCUUCGUAGCCGUUCCGCUCUUCCGAGUAAAUACCUACCCCAUGGGGCCCCACCCAGUCGGAUCCUACGAAAUCUGGGUUCCGUCCACAUCAUUUGCGCCAGUGUUCUCCUACCUUUGCCAGAACCGAGGAAAGUUGAGUAUCUUAAUCCACCCACUGACAAAGGAGGAGGUUCGUCUGGACCACCAAUUUCGAAAUGCGUGGAUGGGUGCACCAUUCCCGCUCGACCUCUCCGUCCUCCCUGAUAUGGUGCCUGAAGUACCUCUCCAAUAUCCUAGCCUCAGGUUAGGGUACUCUGCGCCAGGCCCCGAUUUUACUUUGGAGGAACGCCGGCGCAUUGGAGCAAAUGUCGAGCGAAUCCUCGAAGGAGAGAAGGAAGCAGCUCGUGCGCCCCCCAGAGAAUCAAACUGA